GAAGUGGGUCGCGCGAACGCACCGGAAGACGACGAAGAAGAAAGAAGAGGAAGUGGUUGCUGUUGCUGGCUAACCAUUUUGUGUUGUGAGAAGUUAGAGAACCCACAUUUUUGACGAAAUGGAGGAUCAUACUUAUUAUUUAGCACAAGAAAAAGCAAGGGAGCGUGAGUUCUUGUCUUCGUCCAAAAAGCGAAAACAUGAGGAAGCAAAACGAAGUCGGGACAGGCGACGGCAGAGAACAAGGAUAAACAUCGGUGUGGCCUUCGGCAAAUGGAAAUCACUGAUGAGGGACAAAUGUUUUCAGAGUGACGCCGAAGUUGCCUGUUUUCUGCUGGACAUCUAUGAGAGAGGUCCCGCAACAUCAGCUCCCACAAAGGGAAAACCUUUUCAAGUCACAGCUCCAGCAGCGUCUAGCAUCGGUGCUUCUAAUGGGACGGACAGCUUACAUGACAUGAGCAAUAUUGAGGAGGACAUGGAGGAAAAUGUUUUCAGUGACCCCUUGAACAGUGUAAUCGACUGGGCAGAUGAAGGUUCCCCUUACUAUCAUGAAAAAGACGAUGGAGAGACAGAUGACAGCUCUGAUGAAGAGUAUCUCGCUCCAAUUCGUAUACGAAUGGGUGGAGCAUUAAAGAAAGAACCAUCUAUUAAUCAAUUUCAAGUUAUUGGAAUGGAUGGGAUCGUGCAUGACCACCCUGCACAUGAAGACCCUCCUGAUGAGCCUCCCCCCUGUGAUCAGACACCUGUUUUCCCAAACCAACAGCAUGUCCUUUGUGAAGAUGACAUCAUAGGUGCCAAAGCUUCAAUAUUGUAUGAGGACUGUUUGAGACAACUGGCUACGUUUCUCAUCCUGCCUGUGGAUAAAUGUACAGGCCUUUUGAAGACGGGCGUGAUGUGCGACUGCGUUGCCCCGUUUGAGAUCAACAUCACUUCCAAGGGCACAGCAACAAGUGUGGAAUGGAUCUGUCCCAACGGACACAGCUUGUGGAGGUGGAAUUCUCAGCCUGUAAUGAAGUUCGGGAUGCAAGCUGGAGAUUUUCUCUUGUCCACCAACAUUUUGUUGUCUGGCAACAACUAUGCAAAGGUCGCCCUCCUGUUCAAAUAUAUGAACAUGGGGAUGGUGAACAAGAACACAUUCUUCUCCAUUCAGGACACUUACUGUGUCGACACAGGGAAGGACUUCUGGGAAGAGAGGAAGACUGAGGCCCUCAGUCACCUUCAAGGGAGAGAUGUUGUGGUUUUAGAGAUCCCACAGCAGCAUGUCUGUAAGGAGGAGGAGGAGGAGGUUCCUGCUGACCAGCAGCUCUGUAACCAGGAGAGGAACUCCAGUCUAGACCCAGAGGAUCCAGAACCUCCUCAGAUUAAAGAGGAACAGGAGGAACUCUGCAUCACUCUGAAGGGAGAACAUACUGAAACAGGAGAUUGAAACCUUUUCCGUCGACUCCUGCUUGUGAGGAAAGUGCCAACAGUGAAGUUCAGACUCUGGACUUGAGUCCUGAUGAAACUCAGAGUGCAGCAGAGAAGGAUUGUCAGCAUGUCAGUUAAAGGCUCUGCGGUAUCAGAACCAAACCGUGACGACCAGCUCCUCUCCUCUCAUGUAGCUGAGGGCUGAGAUCACAAAGGAGGCAAACAUGGAGACUCAGGAUCCACUAGAAAUGCAGAGCCACAACCACAGAGGACAAGAGUCACACUAACAAUGAAGACUACUCCAUCCCAUAUAAGAUUCAAAGUAACGCUUAUACAAGGAAACACUGUUUAAACAGGACACUUGUGGGAAAUCUUUUGAGUAUGAGUCCAAAUUGCAAACACAUCUGAGAGUCCACACAGCUGUAUAACUGCAGCACCUGUGGGAGAGCAGCCUUACCCAUGUAACACUUGUGGGAAAAGAUUCUGUGAGCAUGAAGCAUUAAAAGUGCAGAGAUUUGAGACUUGGACAAUAACUUAAAGAUCCACAUGAGAACACACAGACUUGAAAAGGCACAUAAGAGUCUACAAGUGGCCUUGUGUUUGUGAAACGUUGGAGAGGAGUCAAACAAUUGAGCUGAAACUCCUGAAUAAAAUACACUCUUCCAAUAGCUGCAUCUGUAUAAAUGAAUGUAAAAUAUUCUCCAUGACUAAGAGGUCACGAUAUCUGUAAGUUGUACGUCGUCAAGAUUGCUAUCAAGUUUUUGUUCUUCUUCAUGUUACUGUAUUACACAUUUCACUGUUAGCAACAGUAUUACUUUGAUAAAAUAAUGUUGCAAUGUUGAUGGUCAGGUGCUAAUCGUUAAAGUUUCAAAAAACCAGAGUCUUUAUUUAUGAAGUAUUUCAGAAUAAUCGUACUUUGAGUAGUACUUGAUAUUUACAAAUGAAACCUCCUACAAAACUUUCCAGGAAAUCAAAAUUGACAUUUGAGAGUGACUGACAAAACUGUUUUAUUUUACCAUGUAAAUCCCAGUAAAUUUAAAUUUGUCUUUGCUAAAAUAACUUAACAACUGUUAGUUUCUACAAAUGUUAAUGAUUGACCUGUUUAGAUAUUUUCAUACACUACCUCAGUAAUGUGAACGAACUGCGAGCUCUCUGAUGCUAAAACAGAGAAAAGCUCCAGUGCUGCUGGCUCACUGAAGUCUUCAUACUGCCAACCAGUCUUUCUGUCUACAGUGUUUUGUUUUGUUUUUUUCAAUUUUAUAAUUUUUAUUUAUUUAUUUUUCCAGUUUAACCUGAGAUCAAAUGGAGAUGAUGUACUACAUGGUGUAGUCAACGCAUUUUAUUAACAAUAAAAUAUUUUUUCAUGA